AUGACUAAACAAAGAAAACAGUACUAUAGAAGGUAAGCCUCACAGAUGUCAACGAUAUGCAAACUAUUAAAAGUGUGUGUAGGAACUGUUGUGUUAGCAUUUCCUGAAGGAUUUAAAAAGGUGUAUCUUACAGGUGGAAUAUUAGUAUUAUUUAUUUGUGGCUUACUCCAGUACUAUUCUUGGACACUGCUUAUAAGAGUUAUUGAAGAGAAGGCUGAAAUCAAGAAGAAAGAAGAAUAAGAAAAAUAAUAGGCUCAAGCUCAAAAUAACUCUUAGGUCAUGGAAAUAGAGAUGGUCACAUAGACAUUGCCUCAAGUGUCAUCUCAAAGAUCCUUAUCUUAAAAUGGUAAAUAAGAAGAAGAAUUCGAGGAAAUAAUUGGUGAUGACAUUAUAGAUGAUAUUGAAGAUGAAGAUAACAAAAAAAUAAGGUAGGAAGAAGAAGAGUAUCGCAAAUAGGCUAAUAAUCCUCUUGCAAAAAAGGCUAUUAAAUUUGAAAAAAUGAAUAUGAUGGGCGUCAUGCUUGUCAUAGAUCCAACUAGUAGAGUUUUGGUCAUUAUAUCCAAAAUAAUGACCAUCCUGCUAUUUUAUGGCUAAGCUUUAAGUCUAUUAAUAUUCUGUAAGCAAACCUUUGAUUAGAUUAUACCUAAUUUUGCUGAUAACCCUUUGAAUACUCUUUAUCUAGCAAUUUGUACAAUAGCUUUCAUAAUGGCAUUUUCAUUUAUCACAAGAAUGGAAACCCUAAAAUAAACAACAAACAUUGGUUCCUAUUUAGUGUUCAUUGUCAUGUACUUCUUUACUUGUGUUUGUCUAUAUUAAAUAAAGAAUUCUGGGUCCUCAGAGAAUAACCCUACUAUUAGAUAUGGAAUAAAAUUCUCUGAGCUUCCUUUCUUUUUUGGUGUUACUCUUUAUUCAUAUGAUAUUAAUGGUAUCCUUACUGAAAUUAGAGAAGAAAUGAAACAUCCAGAGAAAUUCAGAAAGAAUUUAGCUUCCUCAAUGCUGAUUUGCUGUAUAAUUUAUACAUCAUUUGGAGUAUGUGGAUAUUUGGCAUUUGGGGACUCUACCUAAGAGCUAAUAACAUCUAAUUUGUUAAAUGUAGUUUCAGAUAUUGGGUUAGGUAUUCAAAAUGCUUUCUAUGCAUUAUAAAUGACGUAUGUUUUAUCCAUGAUUUAAACAAUCUUAUUAUAAAAUGUUGUUUGUAUUAGAUUGAUGGAAGAAUUGCCAUUUGACUUUUAGAAAUCAGAUGUGAAACCUAUUUUGAGCAUUUGGUCUAAAUUUGCCAUUCGUAUUCUAUACAUUUCAGGUUGUGUGUUUGGUGGAUAUUAUUUGACUAAUUUUAGUACUAUAAUCUCCUUACUUGGGUGUAUACCAUCUGUAUAUCUUGGAUUUGUGAUGCCAUAUUAUUUAUAUAAGAAAGUGUUCGGGAGAUAGAAGAUGUAUCUGGAAAUAAUAAAUGGAACAGUGCUAUUUUUUGGAGUGGCGGGUGCAAUAUUAGGAAUAAUUCAAAUAUUUGGUGCCUUGUACUGA